UCUUCCUAUAAAAAUCACCAGUCUCUGCGAGCAACUUAUCCUCGAACAAAAAAGGCAAUUAUUUCAAUCUAGCUACUUCGCUACAUAUGGAGACUCUCAAGAAUUUUUCCAUCAUGUUCCUCAGCCUUUUCCUUCUCAUUUCUUCUACAUUAUUGUCCUUAACAAGUGGAGAAGUUCAACGACAUCAAUUUGUCAUCCAAGCAACACCAGUGAAGAGGCUGUGCAACACUCACAACAGGAUCACUGUAAAUGGCAUGUUUCCUGGACCUACCUUGGAGGUCAGGAAUGGUGACUCCCUUGAAGUUAAAGUUGUUAACAAAGCCAGAUACAAUGUCACCAUUCACUGGCAUGGUGUUCGGCAAAUGAGAACCGGAUGGGCAGAUGGACCAGAAUUCGUGACUCAGUGCCCAAUUAGACCAGGUGGAAGUUACACCUACAGGUUCACUAUUCAAGGACAAGAAGGAACAUUGUGGUGGCAUGCUCACAGCUCAUGGCUUAGAGCCACUGUUUAUGGAGCUCUCAUCAUCCGUCCCAGACUAGGCGAAUCCUACCCUUUUCCUAAGCCAAACCUCGAAACACCAAUUGUACUCGGUCAAUGGUGGGAUGCAAAUCCCAUUGAUGUUGUGAGGGAAGCAACAAGGACAGGGGCAGCUCCAAAUGUCUCUGAUGCUUACACCAUCAAUGCUCAACCUGGUGAUCUAUACAAAUGCUCCAGCAAAGACACCACAAUCAUCCCCAUAGACGCCGGUGAGACCAACCUCCUGAGAGUCAUCAAUGCAGCCCUGAACCAACCGCUUUUCUUUGCAGUGGCAAACCAUAAGCUCACUGUUGUUGGUGCUGAUGCCACUUACAUCAAACCCUUCACCACUUCAGUACUCAUGCUAGGUGCAGGCCAAACCACUGAUGUACUGAUCAAAGCAGACCAGCGACCGGUUAGAUAUUAUAUGGCAGCCCGAGCCUACCAAAGCGCUCAAAACGUACCCUUCGACAACACUACUACAACAGCCAUUCUUGAAUACAAGUCUUCCAAAAAGGGCAAUGCACCCAAACCAAUUAUGCCUUCUCUGCCUGCCUACAAUGAUACCAACACCGUUACAGCCUUCAGCCGAAGCUUCAGAAGUCCCCGAAAGGUCCAAGUCCCAACUGAGAUCAACGAAAGCCUAUUCUUCACAAUUGGUUUAGGACUCAACAACUGCCCACCAAAUUUUCGUAGAAGUCGCUGCCAAGGACCAAACGGUACACGUUUGGCUGCUAGCAUGAACAAUGUCUCAUUCAUGCUCCCUCGGAGCAUCUCAUUGUUACAAGCUCACCAACAGGGAAUUCCAGGGGUGUUCACCACAGAUUUUCCAGGAACCCCACCAGUGAAAUUCGAUUAUACCGGGAAUGUGAGCCGAACUCUCUUCCAACCUAUCACCGGAACUAAAUUGUACAAAUUGAAGUUCGGUUCAAGGGUACAGGUUGUGCUUCAAGGCACAAGCAUUAUCGCACCUGAGAACCACCCAAUUCAUCUUCACGGAUACGAUUUCUACAUCAUUGCAGACGGUUUUGGAAACUUCAAUCCCAAAAGAGAUACAUCUAAGUUCAACCUUGUUGAUCCACCUCUAAGGAAUACGGUUGCAGUCCCUGCGAAUGGAUGGGCGGUCAUUAGAUUCGUUGCUGAUAACCCAGGUGUGUGGCUAAUGCAUUGUCACUUGGAUGUUCACAUCACAUGGGGUUUGGCUAUGGCUUUCCUGGUUGAGAAUGGAUUUGGAGAAUUACAGUCUCUCCCAGCACCACCGUCGGAUUUGCCUUUAUGUUAGGAUUCAUCACAUAAGUAUAAGAAUUGUUGAAAUGCAUAAGGUCAUUAUAAGAAACGCAAUUUGGACUGAGAUUAUUCAUCUGAUUGUUUCGUUCGGAUAAAUAAAGCGGGUGUCAUGAAAGAUGGUGCUGUGGUCAAAACUUAAUUGUGCCAUGUGAUUUUAGUUAGAUUCGAAACCUGCCAUGUUCGUUGAUUCUAGUUGUAUUCUUUUCCCUACAGCUAAUGUUCAAAAUAAAUUUGUGUUAAAAACAAAGAUUAAUGUGCCGUGGGCGGGGGAAUUAUUCCCGUGAGAUUAUAAGUAAUGAUCAUUGUAAGAUUGAGUCCUUGGAUAAUGUAAUUGUGACUU